GAGGAGGAGCAGCGCGUGGAGCCGAGCGCGUAACUUCUCUGCAAACACCAACAAAAACACCCACACCAACAACACUGCUGCUGCUGCUGGACUUUCUCUCGGAUUUUUCUUCUUGUGACAAAUGGACUUUAUCACCAACAUGUACGCAGCAGCUGUGCUACUGAUGCUGGCCGUCAGGAUCUCCGCAGACAGCAUGGAGGGACCAACAGCCGGCUGCACGUUCGACGAGGACUUGGACCCCGGUCUUUGUGAGUACCGUCAGGGUCAGGACGACGACUUUGACUGGCAGCUGAUCCGGACCUCCAACUGGCCCCACCCCACCCCCGACCUGCUGCGAGGCUCCUUCAUGAUGGUGAACUCCUCGCAGCAUUUCGGCGGUCAGCGCGCUCAGCUUCUCUUGCUCCCGCUCAGCGAGAACGACACGCACUGCAUCCAGUUCAGCUACUUCCUGUACAGCCGCGACGGCCACAGCCCCGGAGACCUCAUGUUCAUCCGGGUCAACGGGGGCCCCAAGGGCAGCGCCGUGUGGAAUAUCUCCGGCUCCCAGGGACACCAGUGGCACCAGGUGGAGCUCGCCGUCAGCACCUUCUGGCCCAGUGAAUACCAGGUCAUCUUCGAAGCGACCGUCUCCGAGGAGCGGCAGGGCUACAUCGCCUUGGACGACAUCGUGCUGCUCAAUUACCCCUGUUACAAGGUGCCUCAUUUCUCUCGGCUGGGUGACGUGGAGGUGAACGCCGGGCAGAAUGCCUCGUUCCAGUGUGUCGCCACGGGCAAAGUCUCUGAGACUGAGCCCUUCUUGCUGGAGCGGAGGAACAGCGUGGUGAUGGACACGUCCUUCCUGUCUCGACUCAGCCACAAGAGGCUGAUGGCCACUUUCCAUGUGGAGGCUCAGCGAGGCGAGCAGGAUCUCUACCGCUGCAUCACGCUGUCCCCCCGGGGGGCCGCCGUAUCCAACUUUGGAGAGCUCAUCGUCAGAGUGCCCCCCACACCGAUAGCCCCUCCCCAGCUCCUGAGGGCCGGCCCCACCUACCUGAUCAUCCAGCUCAACACCAACUCCAUCGUGGGGGACGGGCCCGUCAUCCGGAGGGAGAUCCAGUACCGGGCCAGCCAGUCCACCUGGACGGAGACUCACGGUGUGGGAUCGCUAACGUAUAAGAUCUGGCACCUUGAGCCGGACACAGAGUACCGGAUCAGUGUCCUGCUCACCAGGCCCGGGGAGGGGGGCACAGGAGCUCCAGGGCCCCCCCUCACCAGCAGGACCAAGUGUGCAGAGCCGAUGCGUGCCUUGCGGGGUCUGACGGCUGCAGAGAUCCAGCCCCGGCAGCUGGCCCUGCAGUGGGAGCCGCUGGGCUACAACCUCACCCGCUGCCACACCUACACCCUGUCGCUGUGCUACCGCUACUCCAUGCCCACAGGGGGCAGCGGGGGCAACAACGCCACGGUCAGAGAGUGCCUGUCUGUGGAGCGCAACACGUCCCACUUCACCCUCAGAGACCUGCCGCCGUUCCGCUCCGUCCACGUCCGGCUGGCGCUCGCCAACCCAGAGGGCAAGAAGGAGAGCCGGGAGGUCACCUUCCAGACGGAGGAGGACAUUCCUGGAGGCAUCGCUCCAGAGUCGCUGACCUUCACCCCGCUCGAUGACAUGAUCUUCCUCAAGUGGGAGGAGCCUAUAGAGCCCAACGGCCUCAUCACGCAGUACGAGAUCAGCUACCAGAGUAUCGAGUCUUCAGACCCGGGUAUCAACGUGCCGGGGCCUCGCCGUACGGUGUCCAAACUGCGUAACGAGACCUACCACAUGUUCUCCGGUCUGCAUCCCGGGACCACCUACCUGGUCUCGGUCCGAGCCCGCACCGCCAAGGGGUUCGGACAGACGGCGCUCACAGAGAUCACCACCAACAUCUCCGCGCCGGUGUUUGACUAUGAAGACAUCCCCUCUCCACUGAGCGAGUCUGAGAGCACCAUCACUGUGCUGCUGCGCCCGGCGCUGGCCAGAGGAGCUCCGGUCAGUGCGUACCAGGUGGUGGUGGUGGAGGAGGAUGGGUCCCGGCAGGUGAGGCGGAGGGAGCUGGGCGGAGUCGACUGCUUCCCCACUCCGAACUCCCACAGCGAGGCGCAGGCUAAAGGCUCCCCGCACUACUUCACCGCUGAACUGGCCCCCAGCUCCCUGCCCGAGGCCACGCCCUUCACCGUGGGCGACAACCACACCUACAACGGCUUCUGGAACAGCCCGCUGGACCCCACCAAGAACUACCUCAUCUUCUUCCAGGCCACCAGCAACUUCAGAGGGGAGACCAGGAUCAACUGCAUCCGGAUUGCUCGCAAAGCUGCCUGUAAGGACUCCAAGCGAGCGCUGGAGGUUUCCCAGCAUGCCGAGGACAUGGGUCUGAUCCUGGGUGCCUGUGCCGGGGGCCUAGUGGUCCUCAUCCUGCUGCUGGGCGCCAUCGUCAUCAUCGUGAAGAAGGGAAGGGACUUCUAUCCUUACCCUUACUACCCGAAGAAGGUGGCCAUCAACAAGGCGGCCAUGUCCUACAGGCAGGAGAAGAGUCGGAAGCUGAGCUCGUUGGACUGCAGCAUGACGGAACAGAGCACGCUGCAGCAGGACGAGAGGAUGGCCAACUCCUUCAUGGACGCCCACGGGUGCAACACUCGCAACGAGCAGCGCAGCUCCGUGAACGAGUCGAGCAGUCUGCUGGGAGGCUCUCCGCAGCGCCACAGUCGCAGGAAGAGUUCUCCCUAUCACACGGGUCAGCUGCACCCUGCUGUGAGGGUGGCCGACCUGCUGCAGCACAUCAACCAGAUGAAGACGGCCGAGGGGUACGGCUUCAAACAGGAGUACGAGAGUUUUUUUGAUGGCUGGGAUGUCACGAAAAAGAAGGACAAGACCAAAGGAAGGCAUGAUAGCUUGCUUAGCCACGAUCGCCAUCGAGUCAAGCUCCACUCGCUGCUUGCAGACCCGAGCUCCGACUAUGUCAACGCCAACUACAUCGACAUUCGGAUAAACAGGGAAGGCUACCAGCGAUCCAAUCACUUCAUCGCAACUCAAGGCCCAAAGCAGGAGAUGAUCUACGACUUCUGGCGGAUGGUCUGGCAGGAGAACUGCUUCAGUAUUGUCAUGAUCACCAAGCUGGUGGAGGUGGGCAGGAUGAAGUGCUGUAAGUACUGGCCGGACGACACGGAGCUGUACGGAGACAUCAAGAUCACGCUGCUGAAGACGGAGACGCUGGCCGAGUACACGGUGCGCACCUUCGCCAUGGAGAGGAGAGGAUACCCGGCCAAACACGAGGUGUGUCAGUUCCACUUCACGUCGUGGCCGGAGCACGGCGUCCCGUAUCACGCCACCGGCCUGCUCGCCUUCCUGCGCCGCGUCAAAGCCUCCACCCCUCCUGACGGGGGGCCGGUGGUGGUGCACUGCAGCAUGGGGGCGGGCCGGACCGGCUGCUACAUCGUGCUGGACGUCAUGCUGGAUAUGGCCGAGUGUGAGGGGGUGGUGGACAUCUACAACUGCGUGAAGACCCUCUGCUCCCGACGCAUCAACAUGAUCCAGACCGAGGAGCAGUACGUGUUCAUCCACGAUGCCAUCCUGGAGGCUUGUUUGUGCGGAGAGACCGCCAUCCCUGUCAACGAGUUCGCCCCGACGUAUAAAGAGAUGCUGAAGGUCGACACGCAGAGCAACACCUCGCCCAUCAGAGAGGAGUUUCAGACCCUGAACUCGGUGACCCCUCACCUGGACGUGGAGGAGUGCAGCAUCUCUCUGAUGCCGAGGAACCGGGAGAAGAACCGCAGCAUGGACGUCCUCCCGCCGGACCGCUCGCUGGCCUUCCUGGUCACCACGGAGGGCGAGAGCAGCAACUACAUCAACGCGGCGCUGGCCGACAGCUUCCUGCGACCCGCCGCCUUCGUGGUGACGCCGCACCCGCUGCCCGGCACCACCACCGACUUCUGGAGGCUUCUGUACGACUACGGCUGCACCUCGGUGGUGAUGCUCAACCAGCUCAACCAGUCCAACUCCGCCUGGCCCUGUCUGCAGUACUGGCCUGAGCCCGGCUUGCAGCAGUUCGGUCCGAUGACGGUGGAGCUGCUGUCCAGAACCGCAGACGACGACGUGAUCAUCCGACUCUUCCGGGUCCAGAACAUCACCAGGCUGCAGGAGGGCCAGCUGCUGGUGCGUCACUUCCAGUUCCUGCGCUGGUCUCCGUACCGUGACAUUCCCGACUCCAAGAAGGCCUUCCUCAGCCUGCUGGCUCAGGUGCACAACUGGCAGAUGGAGUGUGAGGACGGGAGGACCAUCGUACACUGCCUGAACGGCGGCGGUCGCAGCGGGACGUUCUGCGCCUGCACGAUGCUGCUCGAUAUGAUCCGUCACCACAGCAUGGUGGACGUCUUCUUCUCCGCCAAAACGCUGAGGAACUCCAAGCCCAACAUGGUGGAGACGAUGGAGCAGUACCGGUUCUGCUACGAGCUGGCCCAGGAGUACCUGGACUGCCUGGAAGUCAGAUAGCGACGCUCCCCCCCCCCCCCCGCUCCUCCUCCAGGAGAAGACCUGCUCCUCCACGCCUGGAUGAAACGCUGUCCACCAUAAAGACUGACAGAGAAAAACCUCGAUGGACAUCUUGUAUCAUACUUCUGAGUGACACCCUUUCUGCUGACCCCGUCCGUCCUCCUGUCGCCGCUUCACAUCCAUCUCAGAACCAGAGACUCUGAGCGGGGGUCAUUUUCUACACGAGGACCACGUCAGGAUUCAAAGUGCUCAGCUGUUUCCUGCCUUACUGCGAACAAACACUGAAGGAAAACACAGUUACUGCUGUUUGUGUUUGUUUGUAACACUGGUGCAAUCUGUCGUACUGUACUAUAUUUGACUUUGUGGUGGGCGGGGCUGAAGGUGAACCGAGGGUGUGAUCUGACGGACAUUUCUGUACAGUAGAGUUGUCUUGGACCUAAUCUCUUCUUUAUUUAUUUAUUUUCCGUGUAUAUAGAUGUUUUCUUUCCUCCCGUCCCCCGGGUGUUUCUAGAUGUUCUCGACGUGUUCUCAAUGUGCCAGUCCAUCCUCUCCGUGUCUUCGGCUUCUGCAUGCCCAGUCUUUGUGUUUCAUGGCAGUGUGUGAGAGUCUGCUUCAGGAGCUGCGUAAGAAAUAACCGCGUGUUGCUUUGGGCGUACGGCGGACAUCUGUCGCUUUCUAAAUUUGUAUUUAUUCAAUGUGUUUUAUUUUCUAAAUAGUGUAUAAAAACAGGAAAGUAAAUAAAAUAUGUUGUUGCUUAACA